UGGUUGUAUCACGUGAUUACUGAUCAGAAUGGAAGGGGGAUAACUUGAACGAAUGCGUGUCAUCAUGUAUGUUGUCAUGGCUCAGAUUUAGCCGACUGGUGUUACUACAUCAGCUGGUAACGGAAGUGGCGAAAACGACACCGAGUUCUGGAUAUAUUAUACCCAUUUGAUCUUCUUUCUCCACACCAACAGCUGACAAGGACUCUCCUCUUCUUCAAGUAGUCAACACCAACUACUUUUAUUUCUGACUUUUCAAUUGCCUGAGGAGCAAUCUGACUUUCAAAAUGUGGCAAUCUAGGUUUACGACAAAGAUGAAAAUUGCAUCCAUUCUGUUUUGUUUACUCAUGAUCACAAAAUGGACGGUCCCGGUGAGUGCUUUGUCAGAAGACGACUCGAUCAGCGUUCGAAAGCCGGCGUCGCGUCAGGUGCUUUCUCUGCCCGAUGACAAGGAUGCAGAGAACAAAGAUGACAAAUCAAAGUUGGACGUGAUUGAUGUUGAAUCAAAAGACAAGGAGGGAGAUGCGGUGGGCGAUCUGGGCGGGGGUCUCAUGUCUGUGCUGAAGGUGGACAAAGAUGGCACGGGGUUCACGCACGCCUUCAUCGCCUCGCUCAGCGUCAUCAUCGUGUCGGAGCUCGGGGACAAGACGUUCUUCAUCGCCGCCAUCAUGGCCAUGACCCACUCGCGGCUCACCGUCCUCCUGGGGGCUCUGAGUGCCCUGGGUAUCAUGACCAUCUUGUCGGCUCUUGUUGGAUAUGCCACCACUGUGAUUCCCAGGGCUCUGACUUUCUAUGUGUCCUCUGCCCUGUUUGCUAUCUUUGGAUUGAAAAUGUUGAGAGAAGGCUGGAACAUGUCUGAGGAUGAAGGUCAAGAGGAGUAUGAAGAAGUGCAGGCCGAUCUCAAACGUAGGGAGGAUGAGCUGGAAAAACAAAGCACCCCGGUCCAGGACUUGGAGUCUGGCGUCAUCCGCACCCCUGGACGACGCUUCCUGGUCGGGAUUCUGUCCACGGUGUUCCUCCAAGCCCUGACCAUGACCUUCCUGGCAGAGUGGGGCGAUCGCUCGCAGAUUGCCACCAUCAUUCUGGGAGCCAGAGAGGAUGUGAUUGGCGUGAUAAUAGGCGGCUGUCUGGGCCAUGCCGCCUGCACGGGUCUGGCUGUGGUGGGGGGCAGGUUUAUAGCACAGAGGAUUUCCGUACGAACAGUGACCUUGAUAGGAGGCGUCGUGUUCUUAAUAUUUGCCGUUUCUGCUUUGUGGUUCGGGCCCGAGACGUAAGAGGAGGUACAUGACGAGUGAACGUGUGGGGCUGUGUGCAGAUACUUAAGAUUAUAAUCAAAGGAAAAGAGAGCACAGCGUGAGCACGGCGACAGUUUGUUAGAGAGAGAGAGAAAGGGAGAGAGACCGGAGACGGAGGCUGGCUGUAGGAAAGUUUCUGUAAUUUUCUUUCUUUUUAAUUGUUUUUGUUUUGCUUUUGUUUAGAUGUUACUUUGAUUGUAUAUUUUUAUCACCUUGUCCUGUAUUUAUCUUUCUGUGGGUGGGUCAUUGUGGUUUUCUAACCUGUGAUGGAGAGAUGAGAAACAUUGUGAGAACAUUUAUUCACUUUUGUUUGGGUUUAUUUUUGCUUUUUGUUUGUUUUAUUGUUAUUGGAGGCUUUCACUUUGUUUAUAUAUAUUCCGUGUUUGCUUUCCUGUUGGGUUCACUCGGUAUAAUCUGUGAUGAAGAGAUCAGAAAUACUGUAGAAAAAUUCCUAGAGUUUUUGCUUGGGUUCAAUUUGAGUUUUGUUUGUAAUGGAGGUGAUGAAUUUGGAUUUUUUAGGGUUUUGAUUUCUGUUUGGUCGACUUUGUUACACCUGUGAUGUGUAUGGGAGUUGGUCACUUGUACUCCAAGGUGACCAGUAUACUUUGGUUUUUUAUAGUAUGGGUCUCAUAUCUUUCCUCAGAGGUUUGUGUUGUUACAAUUUUCCUUUUUGUUGUUGUCGUUGCUUUUUUUCUUGAGAGAGAGAGAGAGAGAGAGAGAAAGGGGGUGGGGAGGAACAUGUUAAAUAUACUCUUUCCUUAUUGAAUAUGUUUUUUUGCUCUUGUAUUGUAUGGGUGCAGUUGCUUCCGACAACAAGACAUGACUCCCGUUGAUGAGGAUGAGUUUGUGCUGAAUGAUUCUGAUGCUCAAUUUUGUCAUGACUUGUGGGUACAAAAAGUUUGAGGACUGUUUUGUUUCACUUCUGUGUGAGUGGGAAGGGACAAGAACUUGUUAGUAAUGCAACCUAUGGUUCUAUGUUUUUUGUUAUAUUUAUAAAACAUCACUGUACGCUGAAUUGAAUGUAAAGCAAAACGUGCAUGGCUCCCAAAGUUGUCCUUUUAACGAAGGUUGUUGAGUGUAAGCGACUGUUCCUCACUUGUGAAAUUGGAGGCAAAUGAGUCAAGGUGUAGACCCAGAGAACUUACUUGGAAUGCCUGAACAAAUAGGCAAUAGAGAAUGACCAGGAUAAUUUAAUAUAGAUUUUUUUUCUGUUGAGAGUACCCAAGCAAAGACAUGAAUGGGAACACCAUGGUAAGGCCAAUGGCUGUUGCAGAUCUAGCACUUGAUGGAAGAGUGUGGGGGCAGUUACUGCAAUUUCCUGACUUGUACUUGUGGUAUGGAGAUCGCACCCUAGUUUAUGUAUUAUUUAGCCUCUGAGAAAAGUAUUUCUCUUGCUACACUUUUCUUGUUUGUAAUUUUAUUUUGAUAAUGAUAAGUUCUGAGCUGCAAGUAGCAUCGCACCCGUGACACAGUCUCAGGUUCUGUCACCUGCGAUAAGCCACGGAAACUUGUCAUGUUUCUGUCACUGUUGCUGUCGCUGAUGACGUUUGCGUAUGCUUCCAUCUGGGAGAAAAAUGCUCAAGCCGAAGUGCAGUGAACUAAAUCUGGGCAUCCUGGAGUAUUUGUGUCAUGAUGACUCGGUGGAAUUGGGCACUUGUCAACUUGUGGGCAUACAGAGUUCAUUGGUAUCAUCUUAAAGUUUUUUAUCUACUCUCUUGCUUUUCGUGAAAAAAAAAA